AUGAAUAAUAAAAGAAGAAAAGGUACAAGGACAACAAUUACAAUCAAUACUAGAGUAGAAGAAAAUCCUGCUAAGGAAAAUCUGCAUGAAAAUAAGCAACAACAAACGCUUGAUGCCUCUCUUUCUUCUUCUGAAUCUAAAGAAAAUGAAUGGGCAAUUUAUUGUGGGUCCACGCUUAAUAUAGAAGUUGCAUUAGUUUUGCCUGAUUAUUAUGGUAAAUGCGAACAUAAAAGAUGCGAGGUUUCUGCAAGGAUUAGAGACAUAGAGGCAAAAAGAAUUGUUGCAGAUAAACAUUUACUUAUGAAUGAAAGAUCUAGAAAUGUAUUGAAUGAGACCAUAGAAGAACAUAAUAAAGCAUCUGAAGCUUUGUCUGACUUUGCAAAUGUUGAAUACAAUGUCAGGAAGAAAAGAAAACAGAAUCACCAGUCAGAUAGAUAUACCUCACCAUCACCACCGAGCCCAAAAUUAAGAAAUUUGCCAAUAGAACUCUCAAAGUUCACUGAUAAUCUGUUCCUUGAAGAGGAGAGGGUGAGUGAAGCAGAUGACGUUAUAGCAAUUGAUGACAUUCCAUAUGAACUAUCCUUUGAGCAUGAAGAUUUGGUCAACGAAUUUUUUUUAGGAAAGACUAAUGUUUCUCAAUUAUUCCGGAUAUAUCAGAGUGAAUCAAUAAGGAUUGCAAAAGAUGGAGCCAUGAUUGAUAUUUUUGGCUCGCCUUUGCUUGAUAAAAUUUACAAAGAACUAAUGCCAAUUCAACAAAUUGCAAUGCUCAGAAAGGCUAUUAAGAUGGCAAAUAAGUUGAGUGACGAUGCCACGAAUUGGUUGUGUACUCAACUUGCUAAUAAAAAAACACUGAGAGAUAGUGCAGGUUUUGUCAUCUUUGAUUGCCUAAGAAUGUUGCCCAUGUCGAAAAUAAGAAGUGAACAUAGUGAAACAACACACAUUACAAAUUAUCUUGAUCGAAUUAUGCGGGGAUUCUUCAAUAAUCCAAACCAGCAUGUCGUUCAGUGGCCUAAUACGGCUUUAGACGAAAGCAAAGCAAGGAAAAUUGAAGGCCGGAAUUCUUUGGAUUCAGCUAUAGACAAAGGCGCAGAUAUAAAAAUAAUAGGCUUUCAGUGUAUCGGUUUUAAACUUGAUUUUUACAUUAUGGAUCUUACUCAUGGUAUAUAUACUAUGGUUCACUUUGGGCAAGUGAUGUUUCCAGCUUCGAUUAAAGAAAUGGCAGCUUUUGUUGAUGAAAUGGAAACGCUUCUACGAAUACAAGAGAUCUUUUACGAAUCAUUUAAUAUUUUAUAUGCUAAAUUCUGUGCUCCAACUGUUCAUUCUGGUUUAGACGUUUCUAAUAUAUUAUAG